AUGGCUUCUUCCUUCGCCGCUUUAGCGGCUCUAGCCAUCAGCUGCCUCCUCAUCCUCCAUCCGUGCAGCGUCUCCGGUUGGUCCGACGGCGGCGCGACGUGGUACGUUCCCCCCGAAGGCGCAGGCACCGACGGUGGUGCAUGCGGAUACCAGCACGACGUGGAGAAGCCUCCGUUCUCCGCCAUGAUCACGGCGGGCGGCCCCUCCAUCUUCAAGAACGGCAAGGGCUGCGGCGCUUGCUACCAGGUGAGAUGCACCGGCAAUGCCGCUUGCUUCGGGUUUCCGGUGACCGUGGUCGUCACAGAUGAGUGCCGUGGCGGGCCGUGCCUGGCCGAGGCUGCCCACUUCGACCUUAGCGGGAAAGCGUUCGGCGCCAUGGCAAAGCCCGGCCAGGCCGACAACCUCCGCAAAGCUGGCAACAUUAGAGUCCAGUACAACCGGGUUCCGUGCAACUGGCAUGGGCUGAACAUCGUUUUCAAGGUGGAUGCCCGCUCCAAUCCGAACUACCUCGCAGUGCUCAUAGAGUACGAGGCCGGUGACGGCGACCUGUCAGCGGUCGACCUUCAGCAGCGCGGCGGUGGAUGGGCGUCGAUGCAGGAGUUGUCGGGUGCAGUGUGGAAGUACAAGUCCAGGUCCACCCUACAGGCCCCCAUAUCUAUCGGCCUCACCUUCGGCUCCGGCAAGCAGCUCAUCGCCAGCAAUGUCAUUCCCUCCGGAUGGCAGGCUGGAAGGACCUACCGAUCCGUCGUAAACUACUAGUGACCGAGUGAUUGAUCGGUUUGUCAGAUCGAAUACCUAGC